GUCAGUUGGAGAGGCGGUGUUCGCGGGCGACAGCAUGUCAAACGGCACAACCGUGGGCGGCACCACAGCCGCGUCGUCGUUGGUGGCGACAGCCUCCAACAAACUCAAUCGUGAGCUCCUUCGAUGGCUGCAGAGCCUUGACCUAGCGUAUUCGCUCAAGAACAUCAAACGGGACUUCUCCAAUGGGUUCCUCAUUGCCGAGAUCAUGUCACGGUACUACGACAAGGACAUCUCGAUGCAUUCGUUCGACAACGGCAUCGGCCUCAAGGUCAAAAAGGACAACUGGGACCAGCUGCUCAAGUUUAUGCAAAAGAUCCCCGAAUUUGAUCCACUUGGCGGCAAACCCGCCGCCGAUGCGGUCAUGCACUGCGAAAACGGCGCUGCCGUCACAUACCUCGGCAGGUUGUACCAGUGCUUGACCAAGCGCGAGCUACAGACGGUCCAACCUCGCCCUGUCGAAGAAGACAUCCCACCGUAUGCGAAACCCACCGGGUCGACACUCAUCCGUGAAAAGAUGCGAGGCCCCGAAUUCGUUGAAACUCUGGACGAGCUCCAGAUCGGACAAAAAGCUCGCACGGUCAACGCUCGUCAUGAAGAGUCACUACAGCUCGAGCGGCUUGCGGAAAGCGGCCCGACGUCGCUGGAGCCUGCCAAAAUGGUGCGGCCGCGCAAGCAAAAGCUUGUGGGGGAAGAGUCACCAAUCUGUACGCAUGCAGUCGUCAAAGAAGUGCAAAUCAAGACGAUCGAUGACAAGAAUUUCAACCUCGCGCAACUUCGCGCGAUGCGGGAUGCAAACGCGUCCAUGCUUCAGUCGGGGCAGGCCGAGUAUGGUUACGGCAUCGACCAGCUCGACUUGGACGGUGCUCCAGAAAAAGGCAGCGUCAAGCGCCGCGUGAUGGACUUGCUCAACGAGUACAUCUCGCGAAAGUUGACAGGGACGCCUGUGCUGAGCCAACUGGACGGGCGAAAAGACCGGUUCGAGGGUUUUCUCGAGGCCAUGUGGGCCGGUGGGGUUCUUCACGACCAGGACGCCGCCGGCGUGCUAGAGCACGUUGUCGAUCCUGGUGGCGUUCUCGCCGGGGCGCUGAUGGACUCUCCCAAGGAUUUUGCCAAGUUCGCUGGCAUGUUGCAUCCCUGCUUGAACGACUAUGGCGAUGACAACCCGAUCUUCCUCGCCACGGUUCACAUGCACACGACAUUGGGGGCGCAAGCGGUGAAGCGAGAUGCCAACGCGGCUGCCAUGCUCUUGUCCGACUUUGCGCUCCCUCGACUUGCAUCGUUAAUCACAACGUGGCCGUCGAAGCGUCAUGCCCUCUUGAAAAUUGUGUACUCGUUUUCGGCUCCAAAAUUGGUCGCUCACAUCCAAGUCAUCAAACGACUGCGAGAGGCCCUGCCGCGCAUGGACGUGUUCAUCGACUGUAUUUCGCUCCUCCUUGGCCUCGAAACCGAGCUGGACGAAACCCUUGCCGACUUAUAUUACUACUACUGCUGCAUGGGGCUCGACAUGCCCCACGAAAAGCUGCGGGCAGCGUGCUUGUCGAUGCUGCCUCGCUUCUUGGCGUGGCAACCCUCCUUAACGCUGGACUUGAUUGCCCGCGUGUCUGAGUUUAGCACGCGAUACGCAUGGUGGGAGGUCAAGGCACAAUUGAUCAUCGUGGCGUCCGCAGUGCUAACACACUUGACGUCCCAGCCACCCUGUGACCAACUGGACUGUGCCCUUACAAUCCUGCAGCGUGAGGUAACCCCACGAGCCCCCGUGAACCUUCGGCGCGUUGGAAUCGCGUACAUGGCCAAACUGCUGUGGCACUUUCAAGAGCUAGUGCCAACUUAUGUGGAUGUUCUCCGGAGUUUGCCCUUGCAUAUGCUCCAGGAAGUUGUGAGCAUCCCGAACGAACCGUUUGUAGGGACGCUGCCCCUUCAAGGUGGAUCGGGCGCGAUCUACCAAUUGCCCGUCGUGCGCAAUGUGUGGGACUCGUCGGCAAUUGCAAAACAAGUUUACUUGGACUUCAACGACACGGCGUCCGACGAAGGAGCUCACGACCAUCACCACCCGCAGAGUAUGACAAUCCUGCAAGUUUGCUUUGACCAGAUCGCACGGGACCAACCCCCCGAGCAUGUGAACGAACUCUUUGCGUGGACACAAUCCAUGGUCGUUGCGGGACUCGAACACGACCAUUCGUGCGAGAUGGGGGUCGCCAUCCUCUCCACCGUUGCUUUCUACUCGUCGCCGUCAAUCAAUGUUCUAGAUGGUCCUACGAUGGACCAAACCCUGACUCGGAUCUGCUCGAGUGGGCGCGAGGCACACGUCCGCUUGAACAUUCUCGCCCAGUUCCUGCAUCAGUUGUACGUGAGCAACCAUGCCAGCGCAGUCAAGGUGGCGCUGAACAAGCUAAAAUCCAGCGUCCGCAGCUUCCACGACUCUCCGUUUGCCGCCGCUGUCCACGACCUCCUAGAAGGAUAACGACGUUUAUUCAUGUAAGAAAGUGCACGUUGCCGGUUGCAACAACCGGUCGACACUAUUCGGAUA